AUGCCUGCUCACCUGCCCCCCCAUACAAGUAUCAGGAGGCCCCUCUGUUUUGCCUGCAUCCCAAACAGGUCGUGGACUCUGGACUCGUGGACUCUUUUCUACCCGGGCCUGUUUGCCGUGGUGUCCUGGCGUCCUUCUGAGUGCCCGGCGGGGUCCUUGUAGGCUUAGACGUUGGCCCUGCCUUUCCAGAGGCUUCCAGGAUGUGUGUGGGGCUCUGGCUGCCAGGCUAGGGCAGCUGUGGGCACCCGAGACAUCCUGUGGUCACCAUGGGCUGCCUCGUGCACAGUGCCUGGGCGUUUGUGGUGACAGAUGGCAACAGCUCGGCGUGCAUCAGGGCCACCUUCUCUGCUGACGUCCAGGUCCGCUACGAUACCAGCAGUGGCCCCAAGAACACGACCUUCAGCCUGCUGCCGGAUGCGGAGGUGCUGAACACCAGCUCCUGCGGCCGAGAGAACUCCUCCUCGGGCCCCAGCCUCGCCCUGGCCUUGGGAAACGGGUGCACCCUGACUCUCCGCUUUGCCAAAGACUCAACGAGCUACCGCGUGGAGCAGCUGCUCUUCACGUACAACUUGUCGGACGCGCGCAGCUUCCCCAAUGCCAGCACCCAGGGAGCCCAGACCGUGACGUCUAACCCCGACAUCCGGGCCGAUCUGGACACCAGGUACAGGUGCCUCAGCCACCGCCGCCUCGAACUGGGCAACUCCACUGUCCUCACGCUCAGCAACACCACCCUCCAAGCCUACCUGUCCAGCGGCAACUUCAGCGCAGGAGAGACGCGGUGUAAGCAGGAUGGCCCGGGCCCGACCCCCGCCCCGCCCCACCCCACGCCGGCCCCCUCGGUGGGCAGGUACAACGUGAGCGGCGUCAACGGGACCUGCCUGCUGGCGAACAUGGGGCUGCAGCUGAACGUCACCUACCAGCAGAAAGACAACGCGACAGUAACGCGUGUCUUCAGCAUCGACCCCAACAAGACCACCGUGAGCGGGAGCUGCGCCGCCCAGCUGGCCACGCUGGAGCUGCUCGGGGAGGGCCACAGGCUGCUCAUCCUGCAGUUUGCCAUGAACACAAGUUCUAGCCGCUUCUUCCUGCGAGGGGUCCAGGUGAACAUGACGCUUCCGGAGGCCAGAGAGCCCACCUUCACUGCUGCCAACGGCUCCCUGCGGGCCCUGGAGGCGGCCGUGGGCCACUCCUACCGGUGCAGCGCCGAGCAGCAGGUGCGUAUCACCCCGGCCUGCUCCCUCAACGUGGUCAAGGCCCGGCUGCAGGCCUUCCAGAUCCAGGACAACACGUUCGGGGCUGCGGAGGACUGCCCGCUGGACGAGAACAGCAUGCUCAUCCCCAUCGCCGUGGGCGGCGCCCUGGCCGGGCUGGUCCUCGUGGUCCUCAUCGCCUACCUCAUCGGCAGGAAGCGCAGCCACGCAGGCUACCAGACCAUCUAGGCACCCGCCGCCGGCCGACGUGAGGGCACCGGCAGCACUCGGGCAGGCGGGAGGUGGGUGGGCCCGGGUCAAGCCCUUGCUAACUGGUCACGCAUUAACAUUCACCAAAGUGGGGGGGGGGUUCCUCGGCUGCCAGCGGGGUUGCUCAGACGUGGUGUGGGUCUCUUCGCUUUUCACUCAGAUGCUAGCCUUACGGGGCCGGGCGCCCGCGGGGCGCGGACGGGGCGUCGGCGGGCCCUGCAGUAGGGGGGCGUGGGGGCACCGCGGCGGCAUGGCCCUGCUUCCCAGGCCUGGCACUUUUUUAAAUAGGAAAAUGGGUGUUAUUUUUGUUCGCAAUUUGUAAAGCGGCUUGGAGUCCUCUGUUCGGGUCCAGGGUGCUCUGGUUCCUGCACCUGCGAGGCCAUCGGUCUGAUUCUGGUUUAUCUGCCCGCAGCUCGGCUGAGCCCGGGGCCGCCUGGCGUGGGUGUCGCUGUGACAGUGCUAAUAAAGCGUCUUUCUUUGUUGGCGUUUGUGGGUUUGUGCUGCUG